AUGGCUCAGGACAUGACAGAGAAGGAGCUGCUGAAGAUGGAGCUGGACCAGCUGAAGAAGGAGGUGAAGAACGAGAGGCAAAUGGUCUCCAAGACCGGCAAGGAGAUCAAGGAAUACAUCGAGUCCAUGGCAGGCGAGGACCCGCUGCUCAAGGGGGUCCCCGAGGACAAGAACCCCUUCAAGGAGAAGGGGGGCUGCACCAUCAGCUGA